AUGACAGACGACGAUGGCAGCUUUACCACUGCUGACCAAAGACGAUUAACCAUGAACGCCAGUGUAAGCAACCCUCCGACGAGCAUUAUGGAAUAUCAGAAUGGUCACAAGGAUGUUGACACAAACAGUGUUGAAGACGAACCCCUUCUCAAAGAAAACCCAAACUGCUUAUUAGUAGCAUUUGCAGCAGUGGAAGGCAUCUUCUUCUCUGGAUCAUUUGCUGCCAUCUACUGGUUGAAGAAAAGAGGCCUGAUGCCCGGACUCACCUACUCCAAUGAACUCAUCAGCAGAGAUGAGGGUCUGCACUGUAAUUUCGCAUGUCUAAUGUACAGCUAUUUGGUGAAAAAACCUUCUGCUGACCGAGUGAAAGACAUCAUCACAAAAGCUGUGACCAUUGAACAGGAGUUUCUCACGGAAGCCUUACCUGUCAAUUUGAUCGGGAUGAACUGCUCUCUCAUGAAGCAAUACAUUGAGUUUGUGGCUGACCGGCUGCUAACAGACUUAGGAUUGCCCAAAGUUUACAAGUCAGAAAACCCCUUCGACUUCAUGGAGUCCAUUUCAUUGGAGGGAAAAACAAAUUUCUUUGAGAAGCGAGUGGCUGAAUACCAGCGACUUGGAGUGAUGUCAAAUGUGAUGGACUGUGAAUUCACUCUUGAUGCAGAUUUCUAACGAUGAACUACAAGAAAUAUUAUUUAUUAAUUUUUUUGGACAGUUUCAGUAAAAACAAACAAAAAACAAACAAACAAGCCAUAUCAUCUUCAGACCAUGUCGAAAAGACAUGGAAAUCAAGUUGAUCAGUUUCUGAAUAACGUGGUAACGAAUUUGUCAAAGGGCUCACCAAAGUGGACGUGUGGCUUUAGCGUAUUCAGACCAGACUUGGUGUGUGUUAUGACAACCAUUAUCUGAGGUUACAUGCACAGUUUCAGCACACUGCCACCAGUGGUCAGGAGAUAUGAAAAAUUGCUAUUUUUGCUUAUAACUUCUUACUGGUUUGGCCAAAAAUCACAAGACUCUGGUCUCUUAAAUUUGGAGCAGCAUGCCAAGUCGAGUGGUAUCCAGUUUUCCCAUGUCGACCAUUUUGGGCAUUGACCACUUUGUAUUUUGACAAAAAAAAAGCUAUUUUUUACGAAUGCAUUGGUGUAUUGUUCUGAAACUUGGUAUGUGUCUUCGGCACAAACUCUAAAUAUUUUAUGCCAGCGCCACCUUGUGGUCAAAACUUAAUGAAAUAAAAUAAAAUAAAAAAAACGCUAAUAACUUUUGAUUAAUUUAGCCUCUGGUCAUAAGACUGGUCUUGUUAGAUUCCUUGGAUUAUGCUGAGAGUAUCGAUACCAAUUAUGCCAUAAUCAGCUGAACUUCCUGUCCACCAUUUUGAUUUACGUUGAAAACCUACUUUUUCAAACUCCGCCUAGACCAUUGUUCCAAUUUUCACCAAAUUCGACCCAAAUCAUCUUUAGACCAUGCUGUCAAAAGAUUAUGGAUUUCGUGUUGAUAGGCAUAACAGUUUUCAUUUACUGCAUUAACAAAUUUGAUGGCAUAAUGCCAAACUGCAUCUGAGGCUGUAUCUCUUCAUAGCUUGGACAUACUGACACCAAACUUUGUGUGUCUGUCAAGAUCACCAGUCACCAUGCCUGUCACCACUGCGCACUACAUCUCCCACAAUCCUCCCUGGUUACCACCUGCACUCACUUCACAAUCACAACACCUGUUUGCCAUCACUCUCAUAACAGUCUCAUACAUAAGCUAGCACCACGCACACAGAGAUUGUCUGGUCUCGUGUUUAUCUAGGACUGCUGUGUGUUUUAUGACUUCAAUUAGGACUGCAUGGACUGUUACGCUUCCUUAUCGGUGUGAUCUUCCGGUCCUCCAUUCAUCAAUUUUCCUUCCUUCUUGGAUCCUUGUUUCCUCCAGAUUGUCUGGUUACUACCUGUAAAGAUAAUAGACAUUGUUAUUAUCCGUGCAGUGCAACAGUGAUUUUAAAGGUGUGUGGUGCUACUUACCUCUCUGGACUUCAUCAUUCUUCAUCUGCUCUGGUUGUUAUAUUGUAUGUUCCUUCAUUACUAGUAGUCACUUGCUUGUUAAAUUCACUUUUACGCACCUGC